AUGGUCGAUAGUGGUGUCCCCCAGGGUUCAGUUCUGGGACCCAUUUUGUUCCUUAUCUACGUGGACGAUGCCGCAAGAGAUUUAGACUGUGAAGUAGCAAUGCUUGCGGAUGACAUGAAGAUAUGGAGUGUAAUUCGAGGUGCUGCCGAUGAAGACAGACUGCAGAUGAACCUGAAUCGGUUGGAAGAGUGGUCCAACCGUUGGCUCCUGCGGUUCAACGUUGCCAAAUAUAGCAUACUUCGCCUAGGCAACACAGUCAGAUUCGCCAGCAUAAGAGGCCACUUUCUGGGCGGUGCAGCCCUACAAGAGGUCGAAGCCCAAAGGGACCUCGGUGUGCUUACGGCGAGUUCCCUAAAACCAUCCGCCCACUGUUCGAGGGUGGCAAAAAGCGCAAUGUCCGUACUGUACGCCAUCAAGCGUGCGUUUAUGGGCUUUGACGAAGAAACUUUCUCUAAGACAUUCGGAACAUUCGUCCGGCCGCAUUUAGAGUACGGCAUACAAGCUUAGAGGCCGUGGGCUGUUGAGGAUCAAAACUGCCUCGAAAGAGUCCAGAGGAGAGCCACGAAGAUGGUUAGGGGUCAAAGCUCCUUUCCUUAUGCAACCAGCCUAGUAAAUCUGAACCUCUUUCCUUUGAGUUACAGGCAACUUCGCGGAGAUCUCUUGCAAGCCUUCCGCAUUGUAAAGGGGUUGGAUUGCAGUCUGGCCUUCGAGGACUUUUUUGAAUUUGCUACCACGACCAACCUCCGAGGUCACCCGUUAAAACUGCGCACUCAGCAGGCACGUCUGGAUGUGCGGAAGUUCUCCUUCUCGGUUAGAGUGGUCAAACCAUGGAAUGAGCUUCCCGCAGAUGUUGUGAUGUCAUCAUCUAUACAAAGUUUUAAGAAGAAUCUGGACAUAUUUAUGUUCCGAAAUGACCAAGAGCGAUGAGAAGUCGAGCUCAUCCCUGUAACUCCUUCUCAUUUUGUCCCACCAUUAUAGGCGUGUUCGAACUAUUUCAGCCCAGAACAUCUAUCUGUACACCACACAUUUUUUACGUUGCAAAUAGGGUACUCAAAGGCUUACGUCUAUUUCUCUCAAUAAACUGAACUGAACUGAACCGCCUACACAAAGCCUACGUAGAUUACCCCACUGAUGCCACCAGAGCUUCCUUCUACCGCAGUCGCCGCCAACUUCAGCAACGAUUGCGCGAGAUGCAGGACGCCUGGACUGCUCGCAAAGCUGAGGAGAUCCAAGGGUACGCGGACCGAAAUGAAUGGACGAACUUCUUCUCUGCGAUCAAAGCUGUCUACGGUCCGCCGACGAAGGGCACUGCUCCUCUCCUCAGCGCCGACGGCAACACUCUCCUGACUGAGAAGACGCAAAUCCUACAGCGAUGGGCCGAGCAUUUCCGAGGCGUCCUCAACCGCCCCUCCGUCAUCUCCGACGCCGCCAUAGAGCGUUUGCCGCAAGUGGAGACCAGCGUGGACCUCGACCUCCCGCCAUCUCUCCAGGAGACCAUCAGGGCCGUGCAGCAGCUCUCCAGCGGGAAAGCACCAGGAUCGGACGCAAUCCCUGCUGAGGUCUACAAGCACGGAGGUCCCCAACUGAUCGAUCGCCUGACUGCGCUCUUUCAAGAGACGUGGCGUCAAGGUGAAGUCCCACAAGAUUUCAAAGACGCAACCAUCGUGCAUCUCUACAAGCGCAAAGGGAAUCGCCAAGUCUGCGACAAUCACCGCGGCAUCUCCCUGCUGAACAUCGCCGGGAAGAUCUUCGCCCGCAUCCUUCUCAACCCCCUCAAUAACCAUCUGGAACAGGGCCUUCUACCGGAAAGCCAAUGCGGCUUCCGUCAUCAUCGUGGGAUCACGGAUAUGAUCUUCGCCGCCCGUUAA